AUGCCUCCCGUCCGCACCUCCAACUCCAAUCACCGCGUCACCAAGGCCUGCUACCGCUGCCGCCACCGCAAGUCCAAAUGUGACCUGCGCUUCCCCACCUGCGGCGCCUGCCAGCGCGCCAACGUGCCCUGCGUCGGCUACGAUGCCGUCGAGCGCCGCGAGCGCCCGCGCAGUGACGUCGCCUAUCUCGAGGACAAGGUUGCCCAGCUGGAGAUUGAGCUGCGCCGCCUCCGCUCCGUGCAGUCCGUCGACUCGUCCAAGCUGGUCGACACCGCCAUCUCCACCCUGACCCAGUCGCUGGCCAAGACCAUCAGUCACCCGAAUCACCACCCGAACCGCGCCGUCUCUCACUCUUCCCGCACCCCCGCGCUGGCCCGCCAUCCGCUGGUCUCGCUCCAUUCGCCUCUUUUUCUUUCGCAGUCUCCCUCUCCCCCGGUGUGCGUGGCUGCGGAUCCGGCCCCGUCGCGGCCGGAGAACACGCGAUGCAGCACCAUCGCUCUCAUCCCCCGCCAUGUCAUCGACAUCAUGCUCAAGAACUACACCGACAUCUACCUUCCCCAGGCUCCCUACAUCGAGGAGACUCAGCUGCACGCCUCGUGCGAACGUGUCUUCGCUCAAGACGGCGCCACUGCCUCGCACUUUGACAUCUUCCUCGUGGCCAUAUGUCUGGCCGUUAGCGCUACGACCCUGAUCAGACAUGAUGAAGGAAGAGCCACGGCUGCCGCCGAAGAGUUCUGGAACACGGCCAAAGGCCACCUGGUCUACAUCAACGAUGAACAGCCUUGGCAGCGGCUUCGCGCUCUUCUGAUGUUGACCCACUACGGUUUUGUCAAUCCACGCGCUGUCAACUUGGUAAACACCAUCGGUGCAGCCCUUCGCUUGGCCGUCCACCUUGGCCUCCACCAGGAGCUGCCCGCUCAAGAACAGGCAAAGCUUGACUGGUCCACCAUCGACAUCCGCCGCAAGCUGUUCUGGGCCAUCUACAGCGUCGACGCUGCCUGCCACUUCGUUCUCUACCGGGCCUUUGUCUUCCCGCGCAACGCCAUCACCGCAAAAUAUCCCGAGUCCAUUUUCAACCCGCAAGAUUCAGCUGGGACGGAACAAUCGCCCGCCACGCACAUCUGGCCUCUGCGCCAGUACGAGGCUGAGGUAUCGGCCAUGUUGUCCAGGAACAGCUCCUCGUCGCUUUCCCCAUGCCCCCUUCCUCUCGAAGUUUGGCGGAAACGGGCCGUGCAGCGCAUCGAAGAGUGGUAUGCCGCCACACACACCAGUGGUAAUGGCCGCCCUGGUGAGAGGAUCGAGUUCCGUGAGCUGAUGUAUCAGCACAACAUCUUUCGCCUCAACUGUUCCUCGAUCAGGUUCCCCGAGCCCACUUUGGAAAUGAGGAAGAAUUCCCUGAAUGCAGCCAUUGCCAUGGCCAGCAUCUACGCGCGCAACACUCGGUUGGGGAAGCUGUUCUACAUCUGGCAUGCACUCUAUCAGCUGUUUGAUGCCGGCGUAUGCCUCCUGGAGACCAUCAUGUUUGCAACCCGACAAGCCGCAGCAGGAGAACCAUGCUGCUUGCAUGGCUUCGAUGCAGCCGUUCUUACACGUACUGUUCGGACAAUCCCGCAUCUGCUCCGAAAGAUAGCUCUGCGGUGGCCCAAGGUGUUGACACAUGCGAAAUUCUUAGAAGAUCACUCUUCGGUCGCAUUGGAAUGCCUCUCGCACCGGAGCUGUGGAAAUCUGCAAGCCAUCAGGGACAUGGAUUUGAGCGCAGAGGCUGUUCUUCGUCGGAUAAUGGUACCAACAGAAGGAGUUUUACAACAACAACCGCCAGACCCGCCGGCCGUGGAUCCCAUGGCAGACCUUUUUGCUCCCGCAGCCACUCCGGCCCCGCAGCGUGUCACUAUUGAUUCAUUUCGAGACGACCAACUGCCACCAAUUCUGGAUGGCAUCAACAUGGAUGAGAUGCCAAGUAUCGAUACUCCUGUUGAUACUUCGUGGAAUUUUGAACUCUUUUGGAACCAGUCACCUGACGGUGCUGCCCCUAGCCUCAAAAGCGAUGAACUGACUUGGGACUUUCCCGGUGUAGAUUUGGACCAGAUAUUUGCUGCUUUCAAGGACGGCCAGAGUCUGUGA